CUGGUCUGCCACAUGCGUCACAUGGCUUUCGAAUGAUUGAUGCCAUGGCUUUCCAUCAGCGGGCUUCCUGCUUGCUGCCGGGCAGAUUUUGCCCACGGUGAUGGUGGUGAUGUGUACUGAAGAAGCUCCUCUCCAGGUUGACUUGCACCAGCUGCAGGAAAGGACAUCUUCAAUCCGCAUUGUGACAAAGAGCACCAUCGCGGAAGAUCUCGGAAGACUGGAUUGGCGCAAGAAAAGUGUCGAUGCUGGGCAAGGAUGCCUAAAGAAUUGCAGGGAGUGGCGAGACGCCUUGAUGCCAGAGGAUCUGGACAUUUGGAGUCUGGAGACAGAUUUGGGCAUCGUGCUGGCAGAGACGCUCCGUCGUCAGCUGGAGGGUGGGAAAAAGGAAGGCUAUUUGUUGACCAAAGGCCUGAAGCAGGACUCCACCUUUCAAAUCGCUUGGGCGUCGCUGGCGGAUCUCAGUUACCAGAAGAACUGGAUCAGCACUGGUGAGGCGAACAGAAAGAGAGAUAAGGAGUUGGAAGAGCUUGAGGUUCGAAAGUACUUCUUCGUUGUCCCGCAUUUUCGACGGAAAAGCAGCAAUGAUGAUAGCAAGGUGGAGAAAGACAUGGAAUCCAGAUUUGCUCAGACCAAAUACGACGUCUUCAGAUCGGCGGUGAUGAAGUCGAGUGCCUUCAUGGCCCUCUUGACCGCGGGCGUCGCCGUGCAUGCCACGCUGGCAAAGCUUUGGGUGAGAACCGCCUUGCUUUGGGGGUUGAUUGUGCCACUCUAUGCAGGGUACAGUCUGGUAGCCUCAAGGCGGGGUAUUUGGAAACGCUUGGCACACUACCGCGUGGUGCUCCUAUUUUUGCUCGGUCUUCAGAGUGCCUCAGUGGCGCUAGCCGAGUGGGAUCGGCCACUUCCCACUGCGGGACUUUUGUUGCUGCACACAACCUUUGUGAACAACUUUAGCCCGUUGGGGGUCGUGGAGAUUUUCUUCGUGACGGCCAUUGGCGGAGUUCUACCAUAUCUGAUUUUGACGCUUUAUCCAGACUGGCAGAUCAAUUUUGGUCAGCCGGGGCAUUGCAACGAAGAACCUGGCGCACCUGCUGCUCUGCUCCAAGACAUUGUUCUACCACCCUUUGUUUGUAUUUGCCAGUUUGCAUUGGCCAUUUGGCGUGAUGAAACGAUGCGCUUGGACUUUUUGCUUCGGGAUCAGCUCCAGGCGCAACGACGAAAACUGAAAGUGGAGAAUGAGAAGAGUGAAGAUCUUUUGAAGAGCAUGCUGCCACAGGCCAUCAUUGAUUCCCUGAAGCGUCAUGAGCCUGUUGAGUGUCAAGACUUUCAGAACGUCACGGUUAUUUUUGUGCAAGUGUGCGACUUCUCAGUGAUGUGUUCAGUAUUGCCAGCUACCACGAUUGUUCAAUUGCUGGACAAGGUGUUUCAAGAGCUGGAUCGGCUGAGUGAUCUGUUGAAGGUGCACAAGGUAGAGACCGUUGGAGAUGUCUAUAUGGCUGUCUCCGGAUGCCCACAUGAGAUCGCCAAUCAUGCAGAUGUUGCCGCCCACUUUGCCAUUGCAGCCCAGUCAAGCAUCCUCAGGAUGAGAGCUUCUGAUGUGAUCUUGCCGCAGGGUGUAAAGGGCCGCCGGCUCUCCGCUGUAUUGGGCGAAAAGAGUCUGGAGCUGAGGAUUCGCAUCGGCAUGAACAGUGGAAGGAUUCGAGCAGGUGUGGUGGGUCUGGACAAACCGCGCUUCAAGCUCUUCGGUGACACGGUCAACACGGCCAGUCGUAUGGAGAGCACAUCGGAGCCAGGAUGCACUCAGAUCUCCGAGGCUACAAAGGCUAUCCUCGGCCCAGAGUUCAACGCUGAGGAGCGUGGUUUGGUGGAGGUGAAAGGAAAAGGUGCGCUCAGGACCUACUACCUCCGCAGCUACAAUGUCAUGGAGACUGAUGAUUCGAAAGUGCAGGAGUCCGUGACCAUCAAAGUGGUUCACCAGAAGGGAGAACGAACGCGCUCUAAAGAGUUGCUGGAGAAUGUCCCCCAAUCUGCUCCAGGCAACCACUUGCUACGGCGAGCAGCUGGCAACGCGCUGAAGGAACUCGUCUCAGCGGUCCCUGCCCAGGAGUUCCAGAUUCGCAGCAAAUCCACAGGGACUGGUCACCUCUUCGAACACUCUUCGUGGAAAGACUGGGUGGAUAUGAAGCUCCUGCUGGUCUCGAGCAGCUCCAAGCGGCCAGAUAUGUUGGCGCGGAUCGAGGCCGACAAAGUGGAGUACAAGCGAGUCACCCUGGAUCGCCGCAUCUUCUUCUCACGGACCUUGAUCAUCGGAUGGCACCUGAUGUUGGCCUUCACGGCGUUGCUGGAUUUUGCCUUCCAGAUCCCCUACAGCGAUUGGGAGCAAUACCGACUGGGUGUGCAGGCACGCACCUGGGGUGUCCAGGUGUGUGGAUGGGUGCAUUUAGGCUUGCUCAUGGACAAGGCCAGCUUCGAUCACCGUGGUCGCCUCAUCACGGUUGGCAUGCUGGCGCUGGAGGGCGCUGCGAUGGCCGUCCUGGACGCCCUGAUCUUCGGAAACGACACCUCAUUCUUCAUGUUGUAUGGCUUGUACGUUCUUUUCAGUAAGAACUGCCCGAUGCGAGCUCGCUUGACGCUUUGCUUCCUUUCACUGACGGAGUGGGCAGUUGUGGACACCAUGCUUUGCGACUGGAGACUCCAACAGCGUGCUUUUGAGCAUGUCAGCUAUACGACUGUUGUGCUGCUCUUGACUGCUGCUGGAAUCAGGAUGCAGGAGCACUUGGAUCAUUGUGCCAACUACUAUGAACGCCAUGUGCAGAGACAGAUCCAUGACAUUUCAGAUGUGAAGAGAGGCAAUCAGAAGCUUUUGUCAAUGAUUUUACCAUCUCAUGUGGUGCAAAUGGUAAGUGAUGGCAUCUCCCCAAUCGCAGAGGACUAUCCGAACGUGUCUGUGGUUUUUACGGACCUUCAAGGCUUCACUGCUUUCAGCUCUCGCAUUAGCCCAAUGGAAUUGGUGGAAUUGUUAAACUUGCUCUACUCGGCCUUUGAUGAGAUCAUUAUGGACUGGGGAGUUCACAAAGUGGAAGUCAUUGGUGAUGCCUACUUCAUCUCUUCUGGCUGUCCCGUGGAGGAUACAGAUGCAGUCUUUACCGCCGACGAAUAUGCGAUGAGGGCUGUGGAGGUGGCUUUGGCUUUGCAGAGGGUGGUUCCUUCCGUUUGUGAUGACAACUCGGUACAGAUGAGAUGCGGUAUUCACACGGGGAACGUCAUUGCCGGGGUCGUGGGCAAGACAGGACCGCGCUUUCACCUCUUCGGCCCCACUGUAGAAUAUGCCAAUCGCAUGGAGAGCACCGGGCUGCCUGGAAAGGUGCAAAUUAGUGACCGUACAAAGCAAUGGCUGGACCGGGGCGGGCAUGACUACAUCUUUGAGGAUCGGAUUGUGGAGAUCGCGGGACAGGAGGAGCGGACCUUUCUGGUGACCAGAAGCAAGGCCCGGGCGGCGCGGAAGAUCCGUACGGAGCUGGCGAUGCAUCGGCAUGUGUCACCCCACGCGUACGUCAUGUCUGCAGCAACCGAAGCGAGUGAGAUCGUGUAA